CCAACUUUGUGGACUUCGGUUCACCCCGUCAUCGCAAUCCUACGCUGCCUUCUUCUCCACGCUCCCAUCUCCCUCUUCAGUCUAGAGAGAGAGAGAGAGAAGAGAGAGGAGAAUGUCGAAGUUCUUCCCCACUUCUCACCUCACCUCCAUCCCCUGUCGAACCUUAUCCACUCAUCACACUCUCUGCAAACCUCUCCCCUUCGUUCCCCUCCUCACUCCCUCUCUCCCCUCCCGAUUCUCUCUCUCCUCUCCCCUCUCAAACCCACACCGACCUCUCUCCCUCCACCCCCUCCCCGAUUCCUGCCGCCACCGGAACCUCUCGAUUCGAGCCUUCGAUUUGUCUUCUGAGACGCAAAAGGAUGAAUCGUCGGCCGAGAAGGAAAAAGACCCUGCCGAUUCCGACGAGUCCGGGGGAGAUAACGGAAGCGUGGUUAAACCCAAUGAGGAGUAUCCGAGUGGCGAGUUUGUGUUCGAGGAGUUCGGCGCGUGGAAGAAGUUUGUGGUGAAGCUCCGGAUGCUGAUUGAGUUUCCGUGGCGGCGCGUUCGCAAGGGCAGUGUUUUGACCAUGCAAUUGCGCGGCCAGGUAUCUGAUCAGCUAAAGAGUCGUUUCUCUUCUGGAUUAUCUCUACCUCAAAUUUGUGAAAAUUUCAUCAAAGCAGCAUAUGAUCCUCGUAUUGCUGGUGUCUAUCUCCACAUUGAACCCUUGAAUUGUGGGUGGGGUAAAGUCGAAGAAAUACGGAGGCAUAUAUUGGAUUUUAAGAAAUCAGGAAAAUUCAUUGUGGGUUAUGUUCCUGUCUGUGGAGAGAAGGAGUAUUACCUUGCAUGUGCUUGUGAAGAGCUAUACUUCCCUCCAAGUGCUUAUUUUGCUUUGAAUGGGUUGGCCGUUCAAGCGUCAUUCCUUGGAGGUGUCCUUGAGAAUGUUGGAGUUGAACCACAGGUGGAAAGAAUUGGGAAAUAUAAAAGUGCUGGUGAUCAACUAAUACGCAAGAACAUGUCUGAAGAGAACUGUGAGAUGCUGACUUCAUUGCUUGAUAAUAUUUAUGGUAAUUGGCUGGAUAAAGUUUCUCAUGCCACAGGAAAGGAAAGAGAGAAUAUUGAAAAUUUCAUAAAUGAAGGAGUUUAUCAAGUAGAAAAGCUGAAAGAAGAUGGCUGGAUUACAAAUAUAAUGUAUGACGAUGAGGUUAUGUCAAAGCUAAAAGAGAGACUAGGAAUUCAGGAGGACAAAAAACUUCCAGUAGUUGAUUAUAGGAAAUACUCUAGAGUUAGGAAAUGGACCCUUGGUUUAUCAGGUGGCAAAGACAAAAUUGCCAUAAUCAGAGCCUCAGGAAGCAUUAGUAGGGUACGGGGUUCAUUCAGUGUAUCUAGUUCUGGCAUUGUUGCUGAGCAAUUUAUUGAGAAGAUCCGUAGUAUAAGAGAGUCAAAAUUGUACAAGGCUGCUAUCAUCCGAAUUGAUAGUCCUGGAGGUGAUGCUCUUGCUUCAGAUUUAAUGUGGAGGGAAAUCAAGCUUCUGGCUGCAUCAAAACCUGUCAUUGCAUCAAUGGGGGAUGUGGCGGCUAGUGGAGGAUACUACAUGGCAAUGGGAACGGGGGCUAUAGUUGCAGAGAAUCUUACCUUAACAGGAUCAAUAGGAGUUGUUACAGGGAAAUUUAACUUGGGUAAACUAUACGAAAAGAUCGGCUUUAAUAAGGAAAUCAUAUCAAGGGGAAGAUUUGCUGAACUUACUGCAGCUGAACAGCGCCCAUUUAGACCAGAUGAAGCAAAACUCUUUGCCGAGGCUGCGCAGAAUUCUUAUAAACAAUUUCGAGACAAAGCAGCAUUUUCAAGAUCGAUGACUGUAGACAAGAUGGAGGAGGUUGCACAGGGGAGAGUUUGGACAGGUAACGAUGCAGCUUCACGAGGUCUGGUUGAUGCUAUCGGUGGGCUCUCUCGGGCUGUUGCUAUAGCAAAACAAAAGGCUAGUAUACCCCAGGACAGACAGGUUACUCUUGUCGAGAUGUCAAAACCAUCCCCGUCACUACCAGAAAUCUUAAGUGGCAUCGGCAGUUCUGUGGUUGGAGUGGACAGGACAUUGAAAGGACUGCUAGAAGACCUGACUUCUUCGAAUGGAAUUCAAGCCCGAAUGGAUGGGAUAAUGUUCCAACAACUAGAGGGAGCUUCUUUUGCUAGCCCUUUCUUGAAUCUGAUUAAAGACUACUUGAGCUCCCUCUGAUCACAUACGGGUGGCCAUCAUCCGUCUUGAAAUUCUCUUUUUCUCCUUUAUUAUUUUUACUUAUUUAAAACUUCCAUUUUUGGUUACUUUUUAGCGUAAGAAGUGUAAAUAGAUACAGUUCAGGAGAGAUACAACAUACUUCGUUAAAGGUAGGAAACAAAGAUAGUUCAGAAUUCUGUUGUAUUUGUCACUUUUAUGGCCUUAAAGAUGAGAACCCUAACAAAGAAGUAGAAGUACAUUGGUACAUUCGUAUAUUUCAUACAAGCCUAGACUACUAAGAACAUUUCAAAUACAAUGCUUGGAUUGUUUCGACAA